AUGACGAAGAUAAAAAUAAAGAAAAAAUUCAAGCACAGCGGGACGCUUGAAGAAGAUUUAAAAAACAGCGUAGUCACAAAGAAUAAAAUACUUAAAAAAAAAAAAAAAGGAAAUAAGGCAAAUGAAAAAAAAACUAAAAGAAAAAGAAAAGACGAUGUUCAAAAAAUUCUGAGUUUAGCGAAUAGGCAAAAUGAGGAGGAUUUGGACUACUCAGACUAUGGUAAUAGUAUAAGUGGGGAUGAUCUCGAAGGUGGCAAAUCACAAGAGGUGGAUAAGUUCCUCCAAUUUGAUGACGACAUCGGUGGGGAGGGAAUCGACGAUGAUUUAUCAGAUCAGGAAAAUUUGAUGGCGGACAAAAUGCUGUUUUCCGAUGAUCACAUUAACCAUUACGACAUAAAUCAGAUGGAUCAAUCGAAUAACAUUCUGGAUGAUCUGGAUGUGAAAAUAAAUCCCCAUGGGAUUGAAAAGGGAACCAAAUUGGACAAGGGCCAGGAAGUCAAAGCUGAGCUAUCCGAACAGGAAAAGCUCGAUGCGUUGGUCCAAAAGUGCUACGAAACAGUCGGAGAAGAACUGGCCCACUACAAGAAGGGCAAGUUACAUAGGGCGCUAACAGUGCUGGUCAAAUCGCCUAGAUGGUUCGAUCUGCUUCUGCUGACGAAGCCUAAAAGGUGGACCACCCAAGCGACCUUUGAAGUUACUAGACUUUUCUCAUCAGGAUUGAAAGAAAAGGAAGUGUGCAUUUACUACGAGUUUAUUCUGUUGCCCAUAAUUCUGGACAACAUCGAGAAGAAUAAGAAGCUAGAAACGUUUUUGUACAAAACGUUGAUUAAGGCUUUGUAUAAAUCGAAGGCCUGGAUGAGGGGGAUGUUGUAUCCCUUAAUGCGUCGGGAGUGCACCAAGAAGGAACUAGCCAUUUUCGGAAGUGUCAUCCAGAAAAUGAGUAUCGCCAUAACUUCAGUAACACAAUGCUUGCAGGAAAUUUUCACCUUUCCAUGGAACUCAAGCAUUUCCCACUUUUUAUGUCUUUUUUUUAAUAAAAAGUAUGGAUUCUCCAAAGAGUUUAUCGAAAAGUGUGUGGACUACUUCGUCUCCUUUUUAAACUAUCCCGACGUGUUAACAGUAAAUUGGUAUACCUCGCUGCUCCUGCUCGUGCAGAAUUAUAGAGCUUUGAUGGGAGAUCAUGAAAUUGAGAAACUGCGCAUUCUGGUGAUGAAAAAAAAUCAUCCAAAAUUUUCUAGUGAAAUUAUGAAGACAAUGUACUCAGCCACCACAUUGAUGAGCAAAAUAAAAGAUUUAGCUACACACCCAAGUGGAGACAUGGUGUAA